GCGCGCAUUGGCGUGCACGCUUACGUUUACGCACGCCCAGAGCAGCAGAAAGAGAACAGAACAGAGAAGAGAGAAAAAUCCAGCGAGUGCUCGUCUCCCACGGACUCUCUGAGCUUCCUGGACCCAGAGCAGAGGAAGUUGUCCCCCGGAGCGACGUGCACCGAGAGCGGCGGAACGGUGUCUCUUGCACCCGGACUUUGCACGACUGCAGGCGGGGGAAGUUUUUCUGGGGGGGGGGUGCACCGUGUUUUUGAGUUGCGGAGGAACAGAGGAGCACAACAGCACGAGAGGAGGACGGGGAAGAGAGGAGGAGAGAGGGCAGAAGUUUCCGCUGGUGUGUGUCGUGAGCUGCGGGGCUCCGUCUAUCCACAGGAAUGUCGCAGAAAGACCGACCCGCCUUCUACCUCCAGGAGCUCAACAAAACCGUGUGGGACGUCCCGGUGCAGUACCAGAACCUGUCCCCGGUGGGCUCCGGCGCCUACGGAUCCGUGUGUUCAGCGUAUGAUGGGAAGACAGGCCUGAAGAUAGCAGUGAAGAAGUUGUCGAGACCCUUCCAGUCCAUCAUCCACGCGAAGAGAACCUACAGAGAGCUGCGGCUGCUCAAACACAUGAAGCACGAGAAUGUGAUCGGCCUAUUAGACGUUUUCACGCCAGCGACGAGCUUAGAGGAGUUCAGUGAUGUGUAUUUGGUGACCCACCUAAUGGGGGCGGACCUCAACAACAUCGUCAAGUGUCAGAAGCUGACUGACGACCACGUCCAGUUCCUCAUCUAUCAGAUCCUCCGAGGCUUGAAGUACAUCCAUUCUGCAGAUAUCAUCCACAGAGACCUGAAGCCCAGUAAUCUGGCUGUGAAUGAGGACUGUGAGCUCAAGAUCCUGGACUUCGGUUUGGCACGGCACACAGACGAUGAGAUGACGGGCUACGUAGCCACGCGAUGGUACCGGGCCCCGGAGAUCAUGCUCAACUGGAUGCACUACAACAUGACAGUGGAUAUCUGGUCAGUUGGCUGCAUCAUGGCUGAACUACUCACUGGACGGACGCUCUUCCCUGGUACAGACCACAUUGAUCAGUUGAAGCUUAUAAUGAUGCACGUCGGAACCCCAGGGCCCGAACUCUUGACGAAAGUCUCUUCGGAGUCAGCCAGGAACUACAUUAAUUCACUCCCACACAUGCCUAAGAGGAUCUUUGCUGAUGUGUUUAUUGGUGCCAACCCUCUUGCGGUGGACUUGCUGGAGAAGAUGCUGGUUCUGGACACAGACAAGAGGAUCACAGCGUCCGAGGCUCUCGCUCACCCGUACUUUGCUCAGUACCACGAUCCAGAAGACGAGCCUGAGGCGGAGCCUUACGACCAGAGCUUUGAAAGCCGCGAGCUGGAGAUCGAGGAAUGGAAGAAAUUAACCUACGAGGAGGUGGUCAGCUUCUCACCGCCAUCGUUCGACGGAGACGAGAUGGAAUCCUGAGGAGGAAUCGCCUUUUUUUUUAAUUCCAUCUUUUGUUUUCCAAUGGACACUCUUUAUGGACUAUCAGUCUCAUGUGACUAUCCACCACUACCCUCACACGCACCUCGCACAAACAUGACAUUCAAGUGCCUGCCGUCAUUCAUCUCUGGGGGACAUUGCGAUAUCAGGGAUACAACUCUACAUCCUGGUCAUCCAGCCCCCCACUUUGUCAUUUUUGUUACCUUGCAUCCCUUUUGCCUCUGACAUUUGUUGUUUAUAUUGUGCCCUUAAUUGAUUCAAAGAGCUAGAAAUUACAUGUCAGUAUCUUAAAGUAAAUGGUAGAAAUUGAACUGCUGAUAUGUUUUUUAUACAGUUGGACGACCAAGCAGUAAUCUAGGAAUAGUUUCAAACCACAAAACGUCUAGAAUUAAUAUUUUCUCCACAUACUAAAUUAAAUGUUAUUCCUAUCUGUGCAUAGAACUGUGUAAAUAUGACAGCAAACAGUAUUUGUACAUGAGUACUUCAGGUAAAACAGUAACUAUAUGUGUGUAAUAGUUAUUACUGGCCCCUUUUGACAGUAUGAAUUUUUUAACUAGAGAUUAGCCGUAAAAAGGCAUAUAAACAGAUACAGUAGGUAAUUUAUUACAUGUGUGUACAGAAUAGUCUAGAAAAUUCAACCCUUCAUUUUUCGUAUUGUUGGAUUUGAAGACUUUCAGAGUCCAGAACUGAGUUUGGAGAGUAUUGCUCAUUUAAUAUUUUUAUUAUUUCCCACUCCUUCUCUUCCAUAUCAAUUAUUUUAGCUCCUCUGUUCUGUCGUGCCAGAGGACGGUUCCAGCAAAUAGUCACGUACAGGACCACUUGAGCAUGAUAUAGCCACUUGAGGCUCACUAGUUUAUUGCAAUUUUGAUGUUUUCUAUCACAACAUCAACUGACAAUGUAAUUUAAUCAUAUUGCAUUUAUUAAAACACAGUAAUAUUGAUGUAUAUUGAAUGUCGGGGGCACCAGUUUGCCUGUAUUUAUGAUCUUUUCUUAUGCUGUUUGUAUAUCGAUGUAAAAGAGAAUAUUAUUUGUCAGAAUCUUAAGGUUCUUUUUAUUAUUUAUGAAGAGCUUACUGUCUCAGAAACUAAAGGUAUCGUCAGUAAUCUCACACGUAAAUCAGGCCGCGCUGACUGCACUUACAGUUUGUGCAGCAGCGCCCACAACGACCACGUCAGUUUAAAUUCAAAGGCGACCUUUGCUCAUCUUGCAGUUGUUUCUAGUUCUGCUUUUUUUUAAAGAGUUGCUACAUAAAAUGUAUUUAUCUGAUAUAUUCCCUGAGGUACUGCCUUCCAGAAUGAUCCUAUUAUCAAACAAAAUGGCGACGGAAAGUGAGUCAACGUUAGCAUUUACAAGCCACUAAACUGUGGACUCCUGUUCUGAGGUGUAAAGACAUUGAACGUGUUUUUUUCUGUGUGGACCAUUUUAUACACCAGACAACACCUACAUGUGACAUAAAAACUGUAUCCACAGAUGUUCUGGCUAAUUUCAACUGAACGAUAUCAGUGUCUUUACUAUUUCAUUUGCAACUGCUUUCAUGUAACUGUGUUUCCAUGUAGUCUUCUUUUUCCUAAUGUAUUAUUUUAUUUCUUGUGUGUUAAAUCAAGAGUUGAUGUUAUUCUGUGAUUCUGUAUAAUUGGUUGUUUUUCAUUAGCAGUGCUAGAAGCAUAUUUGUAAUUCAUUUGAAUGAUUUAUUAGGGCACAUGUUUAUGGAAAAGAGUGUACGUUUACUCACUGGAUGCUGAAGGGCAAUGCUGAAGCCUCAUACUCUAUCGUCGAUUAGACACAGUAUUUAUCUCGUCCAUAUCCCAGUUCAUUUGGUUAUUAUUGGUUAUAGUUGCUUUGCCUGAAGAUGUGUUCAUAUCUUUUUACAAUGUACUUUAUCACAUGUACCAAGACAGCAGGCCAUGCCACAUGUAAAUACCACCAUUAGAAAAUAAAGACUACUAUUUUUCAAACCUG